GUUUGAGAGUCUUAAGUUUUGAUUUCCAUCCGAACAAGUGUGGGUUCUACCUACUUCUAUUCAUUUAUCAGUGAUACUAGGAGCUUGGUUCUUCUAGUUCUCAAAAAACUCCAGAGGGAGGACUGUGAUGUAAGCCAGAGUGAAAAUGUAGAAAGCUGAUGUCAGGUAGAGCCUCCUCUCUCGGUGGAGAAAACUGCACAACAACUGCAGCACGUUUAUUUAUACACUUGGCUGGUUGGAAUCAGCGGAACCCCUUGGUGUAACAACUCACACCCAAGUUCUCACCUCGGGCUGAAACAGCGUAUUCAUGUGGCUUGCCUCGGGCACUCUGUGUUCUCUGGCUGGCCUGGCUUGAGCCCUGAUGCUGUGGUCCCUCUCCAGCAGCAGCUACCCUCCACAGGAGCUCUGUCCUGUAGCAUCCCACGGCCCGCCCUCUGCCAAUUCUGCCCUUCUUCAAGGGGGACAUCCCAUCUUCCCCGGGGCCGGUUUUCAGGAGUCCGUGACCUUCAAGGAUGUGGUAGUGGACUUCACCCAGGAAGAGUGGAAGCAGCUGGACCCGGGACAGAGAGAUCUGUUCAGGGACGUGACGCUGGAGAACUACACACAUCUGGUCUCCAUCGGACUGCAAGUUUCCAAACCUGAUGUGAUUUCCCAGUUAGAGCAAGGGACAGAGCCAUGGACGGUGGAGCCCAGUGUCACCGUGGGCACCUGUGGAGACUGGGAGCCAAGACAUGAAAAUAGCGUGCCCCCUCCAGACGUGGACUUUGCUGAAGGGGUGCAUCCUUCAGAGGCACUAGUGGAAAAACACAGACGAGUGGGUCCUUGGGAUCCCAGCAUUCUAGGCGCUUGGGAGUCUGAAGGCAGCCUAGGGAGGCAGCAGACACUGCUCAGGGAAAAACUGAAGGUGACUGAAAAGACACCCCCUUGGAAGAGAGGCCCUGUGAAUACUGAAUUUGAAAAAAGCAGUGUGUGCUCAAGCGCUGUAACGCAGCAGGAAAUAGCCCCAGAGCAGACUUCUGCUAAGAUAGGCAGCAAGCAGAAUUCACACCCAGUUAAAAAAGAGAAAUCUUGUAAGUGCAAUGAAUGUGGCAAAGCUUUUAGCUAUUGCUCAGCUCUUAUUCGCCAUCAGCGGACACAUACUGGAGAGAAACCCUAUAAAUGCAAUGAAUGUGAUAAGGCUUUCAGCCGAAGCGAAAACCUUAUAAACCAUCAAAGAAUCCAUACCGGAGACAAACCGUUCAAAUGUGACCAAUGUGGGAAGGGCUUCAUCGAGGGACCCUCUCUUACUCAGCAUCAGCGAAUUCACACUGGAGAAAAACCCUACAAAUGUGAUGAGUGCGGGAAAGCCUUUAGCCAGAGGACCCACCUUGUUCAGCACCAGAGAAUCCACACUGGGGAGAAGCCGUAUACUUGCAAUGAGUGUGGGAAAGCGUUUAGCCAGAGAGGCCACUUUAUGGAACAUCAGAAAAUCCACACAGGAGAAAAGCCUUUUAAAUGCGAUGAGUGUGAUAAAACCUUCACCAGGAGCACACACCUUACCCAACACCAAAAAAUUCAUACUGGCGAGAAAACCUACAAAUGCAACGAGUGCGGGAAGGCCUUCAAUGGGCCCUCCACGUUCAUCCGGCACCAUAUGAUUCACACUGGGGAGAAGCCCUAUGAGUGCAGCGAGUGUGGGAAAGCCUUCAGCCAGCACUCAAACCUCACUCAGCACCAAAAAACACACACCGGGGAGAAGCCUUAUGACUGUGCGGAAUGUGGGAAAUCUUUCAGUUACUGGUCGUCCCUUGCCCAGCAUUUGAAGAUUCAUACUGGAGAAAAACCUUACAAAUGCAAUGAAUGUGGAAAGGCCUUCAGCUACUGCUCAUCCCUCACCCAGCACCGGAGAAUCCACACGCGAGAAAAACCCUUCGCAUGCAGUGAGUGUGGGAAGGCUUUUAGUUAUCUCUCCAACCUGAACCAGCAUCAGAAGACACACAGCCAGGAGAAAGCGUAUGAGUGCAAGGAGUGUGGGAAAGCCUUUAUUCGGAGUUCGUCUCUUGCCAAGCACGAGCGAAUCCACACUGGAGAGAAACCCUAUCAGUGCCACGAGUGUGGGAAGACCUUCAGCUAUGGCUCAUCCCUGAUCCAGCACAGGAAGAUCCACACUGGAGAGAGACCGUAUAAGUGCAACGAGUGUGGGAGGGCCUUCAACCAGAACAUACACCUCACUCAGCACAAGAGGAUCCACACUGGGGUGAAGCCUUACGCGUGUCCCGAAUGUGGGAAGGCCUUCCGGCACUGCUCGUCGCUUACUCAGCACCAGAAAACCCACACAGAAGAAAAGCCCUACCGGUGCAGCAAAUGCAACAAGACAUUCAGCCAGAGCUCCCACCUGACGCAGCACCAGCGGAUUCACACUGGAGAGAAGCCCUACAAGUGUGGCGAAUGCGACAGAGCCUUCAGCCGGAGCACGCACCUGACAGAGCACCAGGGCACUCACAGCGGGGAGAAGCCGUACAACUGCAGCGCAUGCCAGAAGACCUUCAGCCAGAGCACACACCUCGCCCAGCACCAGAGGGUCCAUUUGGGGGAGAAGCCCUUUGGCUGUGCCAGCUGUGGGAAAGCCUUCCGGUACCGCUCUGCACUCAGCAAGCACCAGAGGCUGCGCCCUGGCAGCUGCCUGUCCUAGAGGCCCAAGCAGAGACCCGAGGAGCAGAACCGACUGAAAACUACUAGACGUGGUUGACUCUGGCCGUCACACUACGGAAUGGAGAGCAGGCUGGGCUGAACUGAUUGUUACUAAAACAACUUUGUGACAUAAACCCAACUAUUUUACAUGGAGCAAAAGAUUUGAAUAGAUAAUUUCAAAGGUAGUUUAGUGUUUUAUACUCAGUUUUGUACAUUCAUAAUAUAUUCUUAAAUGGUUUUGCUACAUAUUGCAUUCUGCGUGUUGUGUCAGAACGUGUGUCCAUGCAUGGCUUGUUUCAGUAAAGAGGGACCUGUUCUGUUCCUGUUCUCCUGCACCUGAGUUGCUUAGGGAACUGAUUUGUAAUAAAUCAUAAAAUAACCUCAAAUUGAGUUACGUAGUAGCCUAACUCAGCAUGUGCAUAAAACUGGAGCCAGCUGCAGUGACCUGUGCCUGUGCUGCCAGCUUAGGAGGCUAAGGCAGGAUUACUUGAGCCCAGGAGGUUUUUUGGAAAUAUAGAGAGACCUCAAAUCAAAAAGCAAGAGAGCAAUCCCUUCAUAGUAUUUCUGCUUUGUGUGUUUUCACAUUCAAGGAGUUUAUUGCAGCCAAGCAGCAGACUUAAGCCAGUGCUGUUGAACCCUUGCCAGGAGGCUGGGCGAUCUGGAGUCUUAACACUUGUGCAGCUGUGCCUGCUGAGGGUUGCUUCCUGCUUGCACACAGUAUCUUUUUUUUUUUUU